GUGCCCGUGCCAGGAACAGAAAACAGAAACCAAAAACUGAAGCGGAAAGCUCACAAAAAACAAAAACAAAGAAAAACUUCGCAAACUUUUUGAGAGGAGAUGGAAACACCGCGUCGCGGCUAAACCAAAAGUAAACCCAUUAAAUAAGAAGAAAGUAAAAAGCAAAAACCCAAAACAGUGCAAAAACCAAACAAAAGGUCACACUAAGAAUUCCCUUUGAAAAGUGCCAAGUGCGCCGCGAUUCCAUAACAAGUAUACGACCCGUUAUCAACCUCAAGAAAUAACCGAGAAACAAAAACCCAACAAGCAAGCAAAUAAAACCCUAAAACUUUCGUCGCGAAAAGCAAACAAAACUGGCUUAGACCGGAAUUAAACCCCAAAAAUGGCGCUCUCCAAGCGGCCCCUCGCCAAGGACACGCCCCUCGCUGAGAGCAACGGCAACGGCAACGGAAAUGCCGCCGCCAACGACCAUGAGACGGCGAUCAAGAGGCGCAAGCGAUGCAGUCGCGACGACGACACCACCAAUGCUGCCGCUCUCAACAACAAUAACAACAACAACAACAACAACACCAACAACAACAAUAAUAAUAACAAUAACAAUAACAACAACACCAACAACAAUAACAACAAUUUGCCACAAAAGAAGCGCAAACAGGGACACAUUGCCGACAGUCCAGAGAGUCCAAGUCCGGGACAGGGCCAGGGGCAGUUACCCAAUCCCACGCCAAUGAUGGGCAAGGCGGCAAGCAAUGCAGCGGAAACCGACCAGGACGACGAGACUCUAAUCCGCGAGACGCAGGCGGCACUGAAGAGCCUCUCCGGUAGCUGGCCCGAUGCCCGCGGCAAUCUCUAUCGACUCCAGGAGCAGGACGAGAAUCCGCCGCCAUUCCAGAACCUCUUUGAGGAGAAGCAAAAGUAUGAGGAGCACCAAGACCAAGCCCUUGAUCCCGGCAGUCCCAGCUCACAGAUCUUCUCACGUUUCCACAGACAGAAGGAGAACGACCAGGCGCGCCUCAACGCCAAUGCCCAGAUGGAGCGCAGCAAGAAGUCGUCGGGAGCAGGAGCAGGAGCCGGAGCCGGAGCAGGAGGUGAUAAUCUGGAGUUGGAGGAGGCCAAUGGUGUGUACGCUCAGGCGGCGUCCGCCUUCAAGCCGCCCAUUGAUAUCAUCAAACGGAACUAUGCGGCCGCCGCCCACGCCCAUGCCCAGGCCCAGGCUCAGGCCCAGGUUCACGCCCAUUACACCAGCGGCGCCUACAAUCCCGCCGAGUCUGCCGCCGGACUGGCCUACUACGGCUAUGCCGCCGCCGCUGCCGCCUCUGCUAGCCAACAGCAGCAGCAACUUGGACUGGAGGCCACGUCGCGCUCCGCCUCCGCCUUCGACAUAGCCAGCCAGUUGGGCGAGAAGCAUCGGCCCAAGGACGGACCAGGAUCCCUGGUCCCUGAUGGCAAGCAGUAUACGAUCCUGCAGCCGGCGGGCGUCGGCAGCCGGGCGGCGUCCGUGAUGCAGGACAUUGCACGCGAGGGCGUUGUCGGUGUGCCACUGGUGGCCACGCCACCGACCACCACAGCAGCCGCCAGCAGUCCGCAGUCCGCAGCGACAACGACGACGACGACGCUGACAGCUCCUCCGGCUCUGAGCUACUCGCCGAGCAGCCAGAAUCGCGUGCUCGCUCUGCACGAGCAGAUCCUGAAAUGCCCAACGCCGGGCUGCAAUGGUCGUGGCCACGUGCAGCCGCAUCGCAGCGUGCACCGCAGCCUCUCCGGCUGUCCGCGGGCCGUCAGGCGCUCCAGCGGAGCCAGCCGCCGUCCGGGAGCCACAGCAGCGUCGCUAGUGACACUAGCAGCAACAGCAGCCGAGCUGGACAAGCAUGAGAAGGAGCUGCACCCGCUGGACAAGCUCAAGAUCGCCUCGAGCCACUAUCUCAGCAACAGCAACGGCAACAGCAACAACAACAGCAGCAGUAGUAGUAGUAGUGCAACGAUGCCGAUUAUCAAAUCGGAGUACAGUCCCGUGGCCAGCAUCAAGUCGGAAUACAACAAAAGCCCCAUGCACUCGUACCUAUCCAGCGAUGCGGCAGCGCCCGCUCCUUCGGUUGCCACCGCCGCCUCCUCCUCGGCCACGUCCGCCUCGCAAGCACCGCGCUCCGGCGGAUCGGGCUCUGGCGGCGGCGGGAGUGGGGCAUCCACGAAUGGCAAUGAGAACGGUAACCUGCAUGCUCCGCAUUUGAGUCGCUUUGUGGGUCUGCAGAGUCCCCCACAUCUCAAUCCCCACCAGCAGCAACAUCAUCAGCAGCAGCAGCAGCAACACACGCUCCACCAGCAGCGAGGACCCUUCAUAGAAGGGAACGAUGUGCCGGAUCCCACGGCCAGCUACCACUCGGAACACCACCAGCAGCAGCAACAGCAGCAGCAGCAGCAGCAGCAGGCGGAGGAGCGUCAGUACGCGGAGAUGCGGUAUGCCCAGAGCCACGAGCUGCUGGUGGCCAAUGGAGUCUCCAGCGACCUGUCGCCGGGCACGGCGAGAAGCGCAUAUGAGCCGCAUCCGGGUCAUCCCGGCCACCCCGGCCAUCCCGGGCAUCCCAGUCAUCCCGGUCAUCCAGGACAUCCGGGACAUCCAGGACAUCCGCUUAGCGGCUCCCCAGCAGCCUUCGCUGUGGACGCGGUUUCUGUGGCCGCCGCCAGCGGAGCGGGUUUCGAGCGUUACGACUCCAGCGGCGGCGGCGUCUGUUGUCCAACAAAUGGCCAGCGCUCCACGGCAUCUACGACGGCAGCGGCGGUCACAUCGGCGGCGGUGGGUGCCUCGGCGGCGGCGGCAGCAGCCUAUCAUUACCUGCCGCAGACCACCGACGAGAUGCAGGCCCAGCAGCAGAAGUACUUGCAGGAGCAGCAGCUGAUGCUGGCUAAGGCGGAGCACGAGGAGCUGGCCGCCAAUGGAGGCCAGCCGCUGUAUCCGCGGCCCAUGUAUCACUAUGACCCCACCAUGGGUCCCCUGCCGCCGGGCUUCUCGGCCAUAAAUCUAUCCGUGAAAAUGGCAGCCGCCCAGGCAGCCGCUGCAGCAGCUGCCUAUCAGAAUCAAAAUCAACAACAGCAGCAGCAGCAGCAGCAGCAACAACAGCAGCAACAGCAGCAACAGCAGCAGCAGCAGCAACAUCACCAGCAGCAGCAGCAGCAGCACGGCAAACAGAGCUCUUCGCCGGCUCCAAAUGUGGGCGGCGGCGCCAGCGGAGUGCCGGCGGUGGACUUGAGCGGAUCCACCUCGGUGACAAGCAGCAGUCCGCAUGGUUUCAACUCGCCAGCCUCGCACAACCAGUACUCCGCCCAGCGGAUGGGCAACGGCAGUCCACAGCCGGGCGCCAGUCCGAACAUAGCCAGUCCCCAGGUGCCGAGUCCACAGGGGCAGACGCUGGACCUCAGCGUCACCCGACUGCCACACAGCAUUAUUACGAGUCCACAGUACGGCGCCGACGGUCUGGUGGUCGGCGUGGGCGUGGGCCAUGCCCAGGGUUUCGGAGGUGGAGCGACAGGACCGCUGGGACCAGGCAACGGUGGUCCGCCCCGAUCGCCGCAAAUGGAGCCGGUGGACUUUAGCGGGCCGCCGCGUCCCUUGGGCUUCGGCCUGGUGGGCCACAUCACCGGUCCGCGACCCUACAGUCGGGAGUCCACGCCGGAUAGCGGUGGUUCUCACUAUAUCGAGACGUAUCGGGAUCCUAGUGGCUACUCACCGCAUCCUGGUUACGGGAUGGUGGUGCAAUCGGACUACCCGCCGGCGGGCUACCAUGGCUACGGCCCAGCCGCCUAUCAGUGCAGCAAUCCGUAUGCAACGGCCGUCGGUCCCGGAGGCUAUCCCACGCCCGUUUCCGGCGGCUACUCGCCCAGUCCGGCCACCUGCUACUCGAUGCCACCGCCACAGCACAUACCGCAGCACGACAAGACCAAGGACGGCUUGACGGGCUGCUCUCGCUCGGACCGCAACCAUCUGCAAUCGCACUCGCAGGAGCUGAAGUGCCCAACGCCCGGCUGCGACGGCUCUGGCCAUGUCACCGGGAACUACUCCUCGCACCGCAGCCUCUCCGGCUGCCCGAGGGCCAACAAGCCCAAGAGCAAGCCGCGCGAUGGCCAGGACUCGGAGCCGUUGCGCUGUCCCAUACCGGGCUGCGAUGGCUCUGGUCAUUCCACUGGCAAGUUCCUCUCCCACAGAAGCGCCUCGGGCUGUCCCAUUGCCAAUAGGAACAAGAUGAGGGUCCUGGAAGCCGGCGGCACUGUAGAGCAGCACAAGGCUGCAGUAGCAGCUGCCACGGCCAUGAAGUUCGAUGCCUGCACCACGGUGGGCAGUCAGGGCAUCAAGAAGCCCAAGUUCGAUGAGGUCACCAUGGUGUAUCCCAAAGGUUAUACAGGCGCCAGCGGCAUGGACAUCGUCAUGGGCGGCAGCGUGGGCCUGGGUCUAGGCGUCGGAGUCGGCGUUGGCGGCCUUGGAGUGAGCAGCAGCAGCAGCAGCAGCGGCAGCAACAACAACAACAAUGGUAAUCCCCACCAUACCAAUAGCAACGGGAGCAACAGCGGCGAGAAGAGUGCCUCAGGAGGUAAUGGCAGUGGCGGUGGCGGUGGUCCCUCCUCGGGGGCGACUGGUAGCGAUGAUCUCAACACACUGGAGGCCGAAAUCUCCGAGCUGCAGAGGGAGAACGCGCGCGUGGAGUCGCAGAUGAUGCGCCUCAAGUCGGACAUCAACGCCAUGGAGUCGCAGCUGAGCACCAGCGAUCGGGAGGCUUCUCCACUGAUCGGCCACCAGCAGCAGCAGCAACAGCAGCAACAGCAGCAGCAGCAACAGCAGCAGCAGCAACAGCAGCAACGCUCCUCGGUGACCUCCUUGGCCUCGCCCAGCGGUCAAUCGCCAUUCGCCAGUGUCAGCUCCACCAGCGGCACAGCCAACGUGGUGAACAGCGGGAACGGCGGCGGCUCCAGCUCGGCCAACAACGAUCUGGUGGGCCAUCCGAUCAGUAACCUGGCGCCCAGCUCAGGGGGCAGCAACUCGAAUCCCCCCAUGGACAGGGGAGGAGCACCGGCCAAUGCCAACCUGAACAACUACUACGAGAGCUUGCGCAACAAUGUGAUUACGCUGCUGGAGCAUGUGCGUCUGCCGCCGCCGCCACCACCGCCCUCGGACGGCGUGUGUGGUGGCCAGCUGGGAGCAGGAGGAGGCGGAUCCUUGGUGGGAAGCACCGAGAUUGCCACGGCCUACUCCCCAUUGCUGCCGCCGCCCCCGCCGCCACCAUCUGCAUCGUCGGGUGGAGGCAACAGCGGCAUGUACGGUCACCAGGGCACCGCCACAGGCAAUGGUCUCGCAUCUGGACCGUCAUCGGUGGCCACGCCGCCUGUGCCACCUGUGGCACCUCCGCCGCCGCAUCAUCAUCAUCACCACCAUCCGUACACCGUUCACCAUCCCGUGACCUAUGCCCAUUCGCACUCCCAUCCGCAUCCGCAUCCGCACGAGCACUUCGACUCGUACAUCUCGAAGCUGCAGUCGCUGUGCGUGCCCCCGGAUGUGUACGCCCUGCCCGAGGACGCAGAGCGGCCCGUGUACAACUCGGUGAAGCCCAGCAUGCACCAGGACUAUGGCAAACUGAUGCCGACACCCAUCUAAUGAGGCAACUCGAACUAAUCAAAAGCCCCCAAGCAGCAGCAGGAGCAGCAGCAGGAGCAGCAGCAGGAGCAGCAGCAGGAGCAGCAGGAGGAGCUCUCCUGGUGUCGUCCGAACCCCAAAUAGAGCCACAACCCGUCCAGGGCCACGACGCAUGUAAAUACUUAUGUAUAUGGGGAGCGGGAAGGGGUUCCCCACUUCUGAGACAGAUAGCUAUAUAGACUAUACCUAUAGCCAGGAUGCGUCCCAGCAUCCGGCAGAUGUACCCAGUAAGUAGUCAUACAUAUGUAGUUGGUGGGGAUACUGCAGUGUCCCCGACAUAGUGCUAGAACUACACACACACAUCCUAGAUCCUAGACGCUUUCGUCGUGUAUAAAAAAGGAGAGGAAGAAUCGAAAUUGGAUUAUAAAUUGCAAACACUUUUUUUUAUCUGUAUCAAAUACUAAACUAGAAGUUAUUAACUAUAAAGAUAUAUAUAAACAAUAUAUAUAUAUAUAGGAAUAGAGUGGAAACUAAUUAGAUGUUUGAGUGUAGGGCAUUUGUUUGGUGUUAAUGUCUGGUCAAUUUUUUGCAACAAAGGGUGUUCCGAAGUACUCCCCAGGAAGAAGAGACCCCGCUCCAAGGACCCCGCAGGCUAAGUUUAGUUUAGUGGCAAAGUCGAACACCAAAAAUGUGGAAAAAGAAAAUACAUAAUAAUAAAUGGGAAAUAUAAUCAGUACUAAUCUUAGUGGAUCCUACAUUUUUUUUGUUUUUGUUUUUUGUGUCUGAAAAUAUGGUAAUAUAUCAGUUGAAUAUCGGUGGAGUGCCGGACUAAUCGGAGUGAGGAAAACUCAAACGGGGACAUACCUAUUAAUAGGCAUAUAUCAGAAGUUGUGGUGUAUAUGUUCUUAUAUGCUUCUCUCUGUAGGAUCGUAAGUUUUAAUGUUAUAUAUAUACCCAGUAACGACGACGAGAUCGGGGCAUUUACCGAAGGAAACCGAAGAAUAGAUUAAAAUUCAGUGCAAUACAUUAAACCAAAAGGAAUAUAAUAAUAUUUAUAAUAAUUAACUAUACAAAUAAUAGUUAUUGUGUAAGCUUAAGUAAAUAAAAAAAUAUAAUAAUAACGUAG